AUGCCUGCCGAGCAGAGCGAGUGCGUGACACAGUUCGUUCUGGACGCGCUCAGCGCGUCGGGCGAGGCGCGGCGGAUUGAGGAGGAGGCGGCGCGUGAGCGCUUCAAGAACUUCAUCGAGCUUGAGCUCAGGAGCAAACCCUUUAGAUUCCGGGCGCGGCAAGAGAACGCUGAUGCCAAGACGACUGCGCAGGUUAAGGAGGUGACGGAGAAGGGCUUCGCGCUCGGCGACCGCGAGAGCAAGCACGAGAUCGAGCGGCUCACGUCGCAAUACAAGGCGGAGCAAUCGGCCCGGGGCGGGGGGGGGUCAAGCGUGGAGCUCUCACUCGUGGACGGCAAGAUUCGCGAGGACCUCCGCAAGGCGCAAAAUACCUUCUCCGCCAAAGAGGCGAAGCUGGAGCUCGAUAUCGGCCGGCUGUACACAAAGAUCGAGGCCUCCAAAAACGAAAUGAUUCGCUAUACUUUGGGCACCAUCUUUUCCCUCACCGCCGUCGCCUUUGGAAUCGUCCGCUACGCCACCCUCUCUGGCUCGCCUCGGCGCGACUCGGCGUUGGGCGAGGGCGUGGAAGGCAGGGCACUGCCGCUUGGUGAGCGUUGA